UAUUCAUCAUAGGAGCAAUUUUCAAAUGAAACUGAGCCGCCGGUGACGUAGCAGUACUAGUAAAAGUGGUCAUUCAUUUCUCAGCAGCUCCAAAAAGGAGUACUAGUACUACUACUGUUGCCAAUGGCAGCUAACUACUCGUGUAUCCUAUCUUCGUCGUCUGAGGAGGAGGAGGAGGACGGUGACAUUUAUCGUCACAGCAGCUUCCAUCCUUUCGACAGUUACAGUAUCAGUGCUGAUGUCAGCGAAUCCGAGAGCUGUUCUAGCGCCAGCACAUUCUCCUCUCGGCCCCCUCCUCCUCCUCAGGCAGCUGCUUCUCAUGCACUAAAUUCUCUCUCUUCCUCUUCUGAUUCUCCGGCCAGGCCUAAGGUUAUGUUUCCGGUCGUCGGUCACAGACAUGUUGUGAUUCCGGAGGAGAAGCAGGACGAGCCUGAAUUAUCCGAAGUUGAAUUGAUCAAAGAGCGUUUUGCCAAGCUGUUGUUAGGAGAAGAUAUGUCAGGUGGAGGUAAUGGAGUAUGUACUGCUCUUGCCAUAUCCAAGGCCAUCACAAAUCUUGCUGCCACUGUGUUUGGAGAGCUAUGGAAAUUAGAGCCGAUGGUGCCUAAAAAGAAGUCAAUGUGGCUGUGUGAAAUGGAAUGGCUUCUAUGUGUCAGUGAUUCCAUUGUCGAGCUUGUUCCAUCAGUGCAAGAACUUCCAUGUGGUAGGACAGUUGAAGUCAUGGUGCCUCAACCGCGGUCUGACUUGUCUCUGAAUCUUCCAGCACUUAAGAAUUUAGACGCAAUGCUAAUUAGCAUCUUGGACGGAUUUCAUGACAGUGAAUUUUAUUAUGUCGAUAGAGGGAUAAUUUUUGCUGAUGGAGAAUUUAUUGAAGCAAGACCGUGCCCUCCAUCUCAGGAAAGGCCUUCAAUUACACUUGAAGAGAAAUGGUGGUUACCAUUCCCAAAAGUCCCACAAAAUGGUUUGUGUGAGGAGACAAGGAAACAAUUGCAACAGUGCAGGGAAUGCACAAAUCAGAUAUACAGAGCGGCUGUGGCUAUUAACAACAGGGUAUUGUCAGAAAUGGAAGUCCCGCAAGUUUAUUUGGAUAGCUUGCCCAAGAGUGGGAAGGCUUGCUUAGGUGAAAUUCUUUACCGGUAUAUAACUGGUAAUCAGUUUUCCCCCGAAUGUCUUAUUGACUACCUAGACCUAUCAUCAGAACAUAACACCCUAGAAAUUGCUAAUAACAUUGAAGCAGCUUUACAUAUAUGGAGGCAGAAGUACUCCAAAAAAAAAUUCUCUCACACAAAAACUGGGAAGUCACAAUGGAGUGGACCACUUAAGGUCUUUGUUGACAUCGAGAAGGCCAAAAUGUCAGCACAGCGAGCUGAUUCCCUCUUAAAGAUCUUGAAGCUGCACUUCCCUACCCUCCCACAAACAGCACUAGAAAGGCAUAAGAUACAGUAUAACAAGGAUGUUGGACAAUCAAUUCUUGAGAGCUACUCCAGGGUGAUAGAGGGCUUAGCCUUUAACUUAAUGGCUAGGAUUGAGGAUCUUCUAUACGUUGAUGAAGCUACAAGACUACGUGCGGCAGCGGAAUCAUUAUCCUUUGUCGACCAUAGGGGAUUGACUGGAGAUUUUACCAUGCAGAAGCAGUUUCCUUCUGGUCCGGUUUCAACUCAACUUAAUUCUUGCGCCUCUCUGCUAAGGAAACCAGCAUUUUGUUCUGGAGUCCCCUUGGUUCGAAAGCUAAAGAGGAUACAAAAGUCUCAAAAGAAUACGCCGGAUGAAAAGAUAGAAAGGGCAUUAUUGGAAGUAUAUGGAUUCAAACCUCCAUUGGCGUAACAGAGAGUCUCCAAGUCCUGUGGCUUAUGCUGCCGGAAAGCAAUUAUCAUUGUCACCACGGCUGUCGGAGGGACCUGCCCUGCUGAUUAUUGGACUGCUACUUUUAUGUUACCAGAUGCUAUAUUAAUUUAUGUUCUGCACGCUGGAUGUUGAAAUGUUUCACCCAUUAAGCGUUUAAGCACUUUGGCUUGAUUCUUGCCAUGGAUACUCCAUGCAUUUGAACUAGACUAAUUGUUUCACUUUCAUAAAGCUCUUUGACUCUCUUAAUAAUGUA